AAACAUCUUUCGAUGAAACAGCAUGUCCGUUCUUUGCUUUUGUCAUUUUUCCCUCUUCCACAUGAUGAAUCCAGUCGUGGGGUCUUCUCUGUACAGGAUCGAGCUGCGAGCUUUAGGACCAAUCCCUGAGGGUCAGGAGUUGACUGUCAGCUACGUGGACUUCCUAAACCUGUCGGGUGACCGCCAGAAGAAGCUGAUGGAACGUUACCACUUUGAGUGCACGUGUCAAUGCUGCAGCCGGCGCCUCAAGGAUGACCUGAUGAUGGCCACAGCGGAGGGCAAGCCGUCUGCUGAGAAGCUGAAAGAGGUGAUCGCCUUUAGUGAAGAUUGUCUGGAAAAAAUGGACAAGGACCGUUCCGAGAAAGAUUUCCAUGAGGUACGUUUAUGUUGUUGUGUCUUGUUUCUGAAUGUGCUCUGUCACAUUACCGCUUUGGAUCCAAAUGCACAAAUCAGCAUCACAAGAUUAAAGUCUUUCAUUGACAAAAAGAGGAAUAGGCAGGAGAAAGAUUUUAACGGCAGUGGAUGGCGUUCCGAAGAGGACAACACAGGUGAGUGCAAUGCAGCAAGAAGAUGCUGAACGUCCAAAUUUUACAGUCAUCCUUCGCUUUUCGCGGUGAAAGCCGCGAGGUUGGAUUUGCCCGGCCCCCCCGAGGAAUUUACGUGCAUGCGAGUACCAGCAUGCUCAAAAUAUGUCAGCAGUAUUUAAAUUUUACAUAUUUGAGACCAAGACUACAACAGAUUACAUUCAUGAUAAAACCUUCGACAGUCAUUAACAAAAGCAAAACUUGAAGCGUCAAGUAUCACUGCACUCACG